AUGUCAUCAAAACCGAAACCGGGACCACAAUCAGACACUAAACCAGGGAAGCCGAUAGUAAAUGUCAUAUGUGGACUUAGAAGUCCUGGUCCAAAAUAUAGGCUCAAGACACUCGUGGGUUUUCAAGAACAUUGUAUUUCUAGAUAUCGGAAUCCAGCGUAUACAUUCGGUACAAGACUUCUUACUUUACAAGAAUGUUUAGGACCAGGACCAAAGUAUUUGAUAAAGGAACCUAAACGUGAAGGUUUCUCGUUUGGAUUAGUUGGAAAAACUUUUGAUACCUCCUGUGGACCUGGCCCGAAAUAUAUUUUACCAGUUCCGAAAGCCCCAGCAUUCUCAAUCAAAUCCAGAACUAAACACAGAGGCGGUUGCGCCACACCUGGGCCUUAUUAUGUACCGCUACCUAAUGAGAGCCCAGCAUUUUCUAUGGGGCAUCGUAUACCCGCUCUAAAAUGUGAUCCCGUGCCAGGUCCUCGUCCUUACAGUAUACAUUUGGUCACACCAAGGGCACCAAUUUAUAGCAUAACUGAUAGAAGAGCUGAAAAAGCAAUUUGUCGCAGUCCAGGUCCAAAGUAUCUUGUCAAACCUCCCAAAGCAACCCCCAUAUUCUCUUUCGGUGUCAAACAUAGCGAAUGUGCUCCUCCUUAUAUUGUCGAAUGCGACGACCAAUGUUAA